CUGCAAAGUCGUUGUCCAAAUUGUAUUCGUUUCUUUCUGUAGUAUGCAAAAUCAUUCAAAUAACGCGAUAGAGUGUCACCCAUUGUUUGGAGGCGCGUUGUCAGCUACUAUCCCACGCGAUGCCAAAGAUAUAAGUGAGCUGAGGGAGAUCCCAGACAACCAGGAAGUGUUUGCCCACGAGCACACGGACCAGAGCAUCAUCGUGGAGCUGCUGGAGUUCCAGAGUCACGUGGAGAACGAGGAUGCGGCUAGGUAUCACUUUGAGGAUGUAGCCGGCAGCAACAAGGCAGUAGGCCCAGGGACGUCAGAGGUGAAGACGGUUCAGGCCCUGCCCAAACCGGAGCUCUCCAUGCAGGAGUGCGGCUCUGCCUGGCUGCUGACUGGAACCCAGGCCGUGUCCAAGUUCAACGAGGAGGCGAAAAAUAUUGUAAGCAUUCAUCUUGGUCUGUUCAGGCUACCCCAGUUCUCCACAGAUAUCCUCGUGACCUUCAACAACCCCCUCACCAUCAGCCACAACAGCAGAAGUGCAGCGGGGGCCAGCAACCUGCCCACACAUCCCUGGACUAUACAAGACUUUGAGAGCUUGCUACAGUCUCUGAAACUACACAACCCGGGAGUGUUUGGGUAGAAGACAGGCUUGCAUGAUGACAUUUCACUCAACAAAGCAAAACCCUGCCAAGCACGUUUCAAACUACGGGUUUGGCUCUCUGGUUGACUGAAGGUUUAUGAUUAAAACUAUGAACUGACAACCUUGGAAUGCUACUUCAGAUAACAUUAUGUUUCUCUUGAUGUUAUACCAGUGUUCAUCUUUGUCUUGGCUUCUGUCAUGAACUGUAAUGUAAAAAAUGGGAACAUUUCUUGAAUGCAAAUAGUUUUGACCAUCUGAUGUGCCGGUUCAAUACAAUUUCCUCUCAACUCGUA